GUUUUUCCUGGCCCCCCCCAACCCCCCCGGACAGGACCCCCUUGAGCUCGUCCCUCAGCUGCCACCAUGAGCGACCAAGAUCACUCCAUGGAUGAAAUGACAACUGUGGUGAAGAUUGAGAAAGGAGUUGGUGGCAGUAAUGGGGGCAAUGGUAAUGGUGGUGCCUUUUCUCAGGCUCGAAGCAGCAGCACAGGCAGUAGCAGCAGUGGAGGAGGGGGGCAGGAAUCCCAGCCAUCCCCUUUGGCUCUUCUGGCAGCCACUUGCAGCAGAAUUGAGUCACCCAAUGAGAACAGCAACAACUCCCAGGGCCCAAGCCAGGCAGGGGGCACUGGUGAGCUGGACCUUGCAGCCACACAACUCUCACAGGGGGCCAAUGGCUGGCAGAUUAUCUCUUCCUCCUCUGGGGCCACCCCUACCUCAAAGGAACAGAGUGGCAGCAGUACUAAUGGCAGCAAUGGCAGUGAGUCUUCCAAGAACCGCACCGUCUCUGGUGGGCAGUAUGUUGUAGCUACCACCCCCAAUUUACAAAACCAGCAAGUCCUGGCAGGGCUCCCUGGGGUGAUGCCCAAUAUUCAGUAUCAAGUAAUCCCACAGUUCCAGACCGUUGAUGGGCAACAGCUGCAGUUUGCAGCCACUGGGGCCCAAGUGCAGCAAGAUGGUUCUGGUCAAAUUCAGAUCAUACCAGGUGCAAACCAACAGAUUAUUACAAAUCGUGGAAGUGGAGGCAACAUCAUUGCUGCUAUGCCAAACCUGCUCCAGCAGGCUGUCCCCCUUCAAGGCCUGACUAAUAAUGUGCUCUCAGGACAGACUCAGUAUGUGACCAAUGUCCCAGUGGCCCUGAAUGGGAAUAUCACCUUGCUACCUGUCAACAGCGUUUCUGCAGCUACCUUGACUCCCAGCUCUCAGGCAGUCACGAUCAGCAGCUCUGGGUCCCAGGAGAGUGGCUCACAGCCCGUCACCUCAGGGACCGCCAUCAGUUCUGCUAGUCUGGCAUCAUCGCAAGCCAGUUCCAGCUCCUUUUUCACCAAUGCCAAUAGUUACUCAACAACUACCACCACCAGCAACAUGGGAAUUAUGAACUUCACCACCAGCGGAUCAGCAGGGACCAACUCUCAAGGCCAGGCACCCCAGAGGGUCAGUGGGCUCCAGGGUUCUGAUGCUCUCAGUAUCCAGCAGAACCAGGCUGCGGGGGGCUCACUGCAAACAGGUCAGCAGAAAGAAGGAGAGCAAAACCAGCAGGCACAGCAGCAGCAACAGAUUCUUAUUCAGCCCCAGCUCGUUCAGGGGGGACAGGCCCUGCAGGCCCUUCAAGCUGCACCACUGUCAGGGCAGACCUUUACGACUCAAGCCAUCUCCCAGGAAACCCUCCAGAACCUCCAGCUCCAGGCUGUCCCCAACUCUGGCCCCAUCAUCAUCCGGACACCAACAGUAGGGCCCAACGGACAGGUCAGCUGGCAGACUCUUCAGCUGCAGAACCUCCAAGUUCAGAACCCACAGGCUCAGACAAUCACCUUGGCUCCAAUGCAGGGUGUUUCCUUGGGGCAGACAAGCAGCAGCAACACCACCCUUACACCCAUUGCCUCCGCUGCCUCCAUCCCUGCCGGCACAGUCACUGUGAAUGCUGCACAACUCUCCUCCAUGCCAGGCCUCCAGACCAUCAACCUCAGCGCACUGGGUGCUUCUGGGAUCCAGGUGCACCAACUUCCAGGCCUGCCACUGACGAUCGCCAACGCCUCAGGUGAUCAUGGAGCUCAGCUUGGCCUCCAUGGGGCUGGUGGUGAUGGAAUACAUGAUGACACAGCAGGUGGAGAAGAAGGAGAGAACAGCCCCGAUCCCCAGCCCCAACCCGGUCGGAGGAACCGCAGGGAAGCGUGCACCUGCCCCUACUGUAAAGACACAGAAGGAAGAGGCUCUGGGGACCCUGGCAAAAAGAAACAGCACAUUUGUCACAUCCAAGGUUGUGGCAAAGUAUAUGGCAAGACGUCACACCUACGAGCACACUUGCGCUGGCACACAGGAGAGAGGCCGUUCAUGUGUACCUGGUCAUACUGUGGGAAACGUUUCACUCGUUCAGAUGAGCUGCAGAGGCACAAACGUACACACACAGGAGAGAAGAAAUUUGCCUGCCCUGAGUGCCCCAAGCGCUUCAUGAGGAGUGACCAUCUGUCAAAGCAUAUCAAGACCCACCAGAAUAAGAAAGGGGGCCCAGGUGUCGCCCUGAGUGUGGGCACUUUGCCCCUGGACAGUGGGGCAGGUUCAGAAGGCAGUGGCACUGCCACUCCUUCUACCCUUAUUACUACCAAUAUGGUAGCCAUGGAAGCCAUCUGUCCAGAGGGUAUUGCCCGCCUUGCCAACAGUGGCAUCAACGUGAUGCAGGUGGCGGAUCUGCAGUCCAUUAAUAUCAGUGGGAAUGGCUUCUGAGAUGAGGCAUCCGGGGGCAGAGACAUAUGGGCCAUACCCAUCAACCCCGGGAUGCAAGGUAGCAUGGGUCCAAGAGACAUGUGGGAGAGAGAGCCAUGAGGCAUUAAAAUGCAUGGUGUUGGGGAAGAAUUGGGGGCAGAAAUGCAAGAGAAGAAAGAUGGGGUUCUGGCACCCACCUAUAUCAUCAGUGCCUCCCUAAAGUGGGGAACAUUAAUGACAAUUCUGUUGGUGCCACACUUUGAUGAGCAUAUGUUUGACCCCAGACAGUUUCUUAUACUUCUUACCCCAGCUGCCCUCCUGCCUUUUCCAUCUCAGCUCCCCCAUGAUGGAUUCCCUCCCCUUUCCUAAAGCCAUCAUGCCUUGAUAAAUAUAUAUGAUCAUUGAAAUACUUUUUAACAAAAAACAGAUUCUAUAUUCUAUAUAAAUAUAUAUAUAAAUAUAUAGAGAGAUGCAUUCACAGGGUUGGCUGGUCGGAGGAGGGAGACCAUUCUGUGACCAAAAUACCUUGGUCAUUUUUUAUAUCGCCUUAUUUCCCUAUGGCUGAGCCUUGUUGUGACACAUCAAGCUUUUCUGUAGAUGUUGUCUUGGCUUCCCACCAGAUUAAGCAUUCAUAUUGCUCUGCUUUUAGUUUAUAUAUACAGACAUAAUGUUUUUCCUCUCUUAAUUUUGUCUUUAUUUGGGAUCAGCUUCUUGCACUCCUUUCCUGACUCAACACUGUCUGUCUCCACUUCUGUUACCUGAUCACUUCAUGUUAUGUUUUUGGUAGUGAUCCCUGGAGGAGACUCAUGUCAAUAUUGUCUUUUAAAAGUCCUAAGUCCUAGCCACAGAGCAGAGAAUCCUCGAGGCCCAGGCUGAUGUCUGAGGGAGCAGGGAAGGAGUGUUUUAAAAAAAACUACUGACGCAGGCACCCUUUUGGUGCUGGAGGGUCAAAGGCACCUCCCUCCCUCCCCUAACUGUUGUAAGCAUGGAGACUCAGGAGUCUUCCUCUAUAAAGAGACAGGAGACCCUUUGAUGGGGAUAGUCUGGGAUCAGAAUGAAUAAGCUGUCAAAAGAUGGUUAAAUAAGAAGCUGGGGCUUUCAGUCGGAGUGUGAUGUGUUCCAGAAGAGGAGGUGGUGUGAAGUCGUUGGGUUCAGGAGUUGGUGGAGUAUUUGGACUUUUCUAUAGUUGUCUACCUUCCAGUGCAGGCUUUGAUUUGUGAGGAAUUCCACUUCUUCUUUUGAACAUGCUCAGAGUUUCUUUGCCCUUGUGUUACUAAGAAGCACCCUCUAAGAAAUCUGUUCUGGAUUUCCAUUCUGUAGAACUGCAGGGUGUGUGCUAGUGGCGAGGCCGUGGUUCUUCGUUACUCUUCCCUUUACUCUUCCUGUAUGCACUUAGGGUAGUUCCUAAGGGAAAAGGAAGCACAGGGUCAUGGGAAUGAUAGCCCAGAACAAAAACAAGUCUUGUCCUAACAUUGUGGUUUAGAGAAGAGAUUGGAAGAAAUCGUCCUUUCUUCAUGGCCUGAUUCCAUAAGAGACUAAUCAAAAAAUUAUAGCGGCAGGGAACUCUUGGUGCAUUUGGCACUGAGAUUUACAUGCAACCAGAAUUGUCCUCAAGACCCAGCCAUUAAAACAUUUUCUCUCUCGACCUGAUAUCUUGUCAGAGAGCCUUUUCACUGUGAGGAAGUCUGGAAAUGGCUGUGUGGAUGUGUGUAAUCUGUUAGGUUUCUGUUGGCCAACACUAAGAGACCUGCAAUAAAAGUGUUCCCCGAUCUGAUAGAAGGUGAAGUUUUUGUGUGUGCCUGUGUGUGAAUGUGUGCAUGUGCCUGAACGAAGGCGCUUCAAAAAGUUCACGGAAAAAGAAAUGAAGAGAAUGGGAUUUUCCCGUGAACUUUUUGAAGCCCUCGCGUGUAUAUAUAUCUACACACAGGUGAAGAAUUAUAUUGGAAAUUGUUGGAAAGUGAAUCAAAUCCAGAUCAAAAUGCCUUUCAGGCCCGUUAACCUAGAAAUUAGCAUAAAAGCCUGGUGUGUUCCUGAGGUUAUUUCUUUUGCUUACUGCUAAAUCAUUUCUAAAAGGGGGAUAUGUGACUGCACUUUUCAAAGGGAGACUUUUGUAACUGAAAGUGGAACCAACACCCAGACCCUGUAGCAGAGCCUUAGUUCUCUGUAUAGGUCUGUUUACCUUGGCUCAGGUAGAUGAUGCUAUGAAUCUGUUAUGCAUUUUAUAUCAAGUCCACUUAAAUUAGGGCGUGGGUAAGUUUGUAUUGUUUAAUCUGAAAUAGGAGAACUAUUACUCUAAAGUAUAGUCCGCUUCAUUUGGGCAUUUCUCACAGGCUUACUGUUUUCGAUACUCAGGAACGAUUGCAAGGACCCCCCCCCCCCCCCCACCCCCCAAUUCUAUUAAUGUGAAGUAAAAGUCAUCCACGCCCAGCCACUAUGAAACCCUGAGUCAAACCCUGAAAGGCAGAACUCGGAGCCUUUAUUUUACGUCGGUAAUCAUGUAUUUUGGCGUCGCUUGGAGGAAAGGGGCAGGAAGACUCCUGGGAGUGUGCAGUAUUUUACUAGAGCAUUUCAAGGAAGGACUCUCCUCCUGUAGGAAGUGAUGAAUGUGAAAGGAGCUUAGUGGUGCUGAGGGUGACCGUUUUUUUGAUGGUUAAAUGAGAAGGAUCCUCUUGGAUGGAAAAGCUGCUGGUUUAUCACAGCCCAGUUCAUCAGCAUUCCAAUGAAUGAUUGACACCAAAUUUUUACCAUUUGCCCUCUUUGGCGUCUGCUUUUGUCUCCCAGCAGCAGGGUGCCUCUGCCUUUCCCACAGAAACAUAGGAGCCUACAUUCCUUGAGUCAGGAGCUCAUUACUGAAAUUCCCCUUUCCCUGAACUGUCCAGCAGAAAUAAUGGAACUGACAGGCAAAUUGAUUCUGAUUCAUUUUGUUUCUCUCCAUGAAUGGCUUUUUAAUUUAUUUGUUUUUAAUGACCAAACCUUUCAGGGCCCGGGUGCCCAGAGGAGUGGUAAUGCUAAUGUUCUCAUACAUUUACCUUUUCAAGUGACCCAUUCACGCUCAUCUGCCCAUCAUUGGACUGUCUCACUUGUAUGCAGACAGUAACAACCCACACCAUCUUCCUUCAGGGACCUGCGGGUGCUGUGUAGAUAUGCAACUUAUUGGAUGGUUCUCAUCCUGGUUUGGAAUAAAUAGAACCUUUGAUUCCAGAAAGUAUAGACUGAAAUGUGGGGUAAAGAUUAUGAUUGGGGGAGGGUUGGAGACAAAAGCUGUAAAUUACUAUGGCUGAUUUAUUUCUACUAUAUACAUAUAUAUAUAUAUUUUUUGCUUUUGUAUAUCCUAUAUAGGAAACUAAGCAUUGUAUUUUUUUAACAAACCUGAGAAAGCACUAUGAACUGCAGGUGUUUGACUUUCAGAAUAUAUUUUGUAUUGUCAAGAUCUUGACAUUAUGUGAAUACUGGAAGUUGCAGAUCUUUGCUAGGACGCAAUAAAUUUAUAUACUGUUUGAGGGGUUCUUCUAGGGGCGCUAAUCAGGCCCCUGUUUUGCUUUGUGGGAGCCCUGGUGCUACUUGUUUUUACUCAAUUUUAAGUACCCUGAUGCCUUUGGGACCUUGGGAUCAGAUUGAUGAUUUUUAGGAAUUCGGUACCAAGGAAAUGAUAGCCUAGCGGCCUCCAGUGAGUGAGGGUGCUUUUGCAUAGCUCAACUUCCCUUUUCCAACCAAAGCCUGCUUGUCUGUUGGAGUCCGGAGGAGAACCCUGUAAUCUCAGCGAGUCAUCUCCCUUAGCAGUGAGCGAGCCAGCCAGUAACCCCGUGGCAGGAUGGAAGGUGGUAGCAAUGGCUUUGAGGGAAGGGAGGAGGAUAUGGCACUUCUCCAACCCCGGAAAACAGUGCUUUUGAAAACCGCUGAUAAAACAUGGGCAGGUUAUUACUUUUGUUUGGGAGUCUGUGUGCGCUCUCCCUGCUGCCUCACUUGGCUCUGCUCCUGGUACAGACCUCUUCUAGGGGGGUGAGCACAGACCAGCUUUGAGGUUGACCUGUUUUUUUCCCCAUUAUCAGCCGUCCCUAAAUACCAGGCCCCAGGAAGACAUCAAGCAACCCUAAACUUAAGUUCUGACUCCCUCUUCCAGAUUUGGCUCACUUGCUUCAGAUUGCAGGCUGGGAAAGGAGAAGGGGAGUCCUUGGCUCCGUUCCUCCCUAGGUCUUCUCCAAUCUGAAUUCCCCAAACCCCAAAAGAUUUCCUCAACAGUGUUCACAUGAGAGAAAUGAGUAUGUUGUCCCCUUCUCCCCUUCGCUCUUCAAACAGCCCCAGCCUGCCUUGUCCCAGCUAAGGGAAUAAGAGAUGUGGUGAUCUGUCCCUCAACUCCCUGAAGUCCCAGCUCCCGAUCACACAAAAAUGGGCCUAGGCUGGGGCUUCAGGUAGUGAGAACUUUGUUGCUACCUCUCCUGGGGUGUCUAUGCCCAUAUUUCACCUUCAGGAAUUACAGUGUGCCUUCACCUGGGGUUUGGGCUUCCUGUGUGCAGCCUUCAACUUUUCCAGCAGUUGCUCUUGAACACAAGGGCACAACUUCCUAUUUCUGCUCGACCCGCUCUGUCCGAUUGGCCUCCCGUAGCCUUCCCCAAUCUAGGGCACAAAGACUGGAGGAAAUGCUGAGACGGACCGAGUAGACCCCUUCUAGACACACCCAUGGCAGCUGCCCAGGGCCUGCCCCCUCUUCCCUCCCGCCAUCCUCUGGGGGGUGGGGCAGUGCUCCCAUCUCUGGUGCCUGAAACAAGUUUAUUUCUCUCCACACUGGCAAUGGCCAGUCUUCAUACCACUGUUGCCUUUUUAAACUUCUUAAUCUCAUGCUGUGUUUGUUGUUGGUUCCAAUCCGAUUAUCACCAGGGCUGUGUGGGGAAAUACUUUAAAAUGCUCGCUCAUCUUACUCUUACCCUUUCCUUGCUGUUGUUUAUGUAUGAAGCUACUCUCUCGUCGUUCACUUUCAUCCUGCUCCCUCAUCUUCCUUUCUUGUUCCCAUCCCAUCCCACCUUUGUCUCUGGGUAUUCUGGGGCUCUUCUCUCUCUCUCUUUCUCUCUCUCUCUCUCUCUUGGCCUUUUUGUACAAAGAUUAGUUUCGAUGUAGUCUGUAGCUUCUUUGUAAACCAA